AUGGCAACAACUCCCGCUGCCGCCUUUGAGGCCCUCAUGAAUGGAGUAACCAGCUGGGCUCUUCCCAAAGAAUCUGUCCCUUGUGAACUCCUUCUCACUGGGGAGGCCGCCUUCCCGGUGAUGGUGAAUGACAAGGGACAGGUGCUCAUUGCUGCCUCUUCCUAUGGCCAGGGCCGCCUGGUGGUCAUGUCCCACGAGGGCUACCUGCUGCAUGCUGGCUUGGCCCCAUUUCUUCUCAAUGCAGUGAGGUGGCUCCGCCCCUCCCCAGGGGCUCACAUUGUAGUGCAUCCCUCCUUGGCAUCUCUAGUUAGCAUCCUAAGUGGCUCUGAUCUACAGGCACUGGUUCAGCCUGAACCUGGAGAGACUCUGGGUGUUUACUGCACUGAUGCCUACAGUGACACCGUGACUGAGAAGCUGGUCCAGUUUGUGAAGCGUGGCGGGGGCUUGCUCAUUGGGGGCCAGGCCUGGUACUGGGCCAGUCAACAUGGCAGUGGCAGGGUGCUGUCCAGUUUCCCUGGGAACCAGGUGACAAGCGUGGCCGGAGUGUACUUCACAGAUGUCUGUGGGGAUAGAGACUGGUUUGAGGUCUCUAAAGAGAUACCUACUCUCACACUUUAUGUUAAGUGUGAGGAUGAGAUCAAGGAUGACCAGCAGCGGCUCCUGGAAGGGAUAUCUGGGAUGGAUAUUGACACAGAGGCAGUCCCCUCCCAGCUGCUGGUACACGGGCAGCGGGCCUUUCCCUUGGGCGUAGACAACUCAUUCAACUGCUUCCUUGCAGCUGCCCGCUGUGGCCAUGGCCGCGUGGUGUUGGGGGGACACAAGAGUUUGAUGCUUAGUGAUAGAAUGCUGCCAUUUGUACUCAAUGCUUUGCGCUGGCUGAUGGGGCCUCACACAGGCAGGGUUGGGUUGGCUUCGGAAAUGAAAGCACUGAAGUCUAUGUUGCCAGACAGCGGCUUCCAGUGGAGGGAAACGGAGCAUCUGACCAGCGACUUGAGUGUCUUUUGCUGCUGCUCACUCACCAAUAUGGAUCCCAAGGAGGUAGAGGAAUUUGUUGCAGAAGGCGGUGGCUUGCUGGUUGGUGCAGAGGCCUGGUUACAGGGACACGUGAACCAAGAUUCUGAGUGUAUGAGUCGGUACCCAAAUAACAUCAUCCUUAAAUGCUUUGGCCUUGGCAUCACAAGCCAGGCAGCCAACCAAGGCUCCUUCCCAGUCCCAAACCCUUGGGUGAUAGACUACCACAUCCGCAAAGCCCUGGCCCAAUUUGAGUCCAAGAUCUACAGCCAGAAUUUCGUAUCACAAGAGAAGUUGCUGAAGAAGCUCGUGAAAGACUGCUCCUACAUGUUUCAAAUGGCACAUCAGAGAAUUUCUAUCUAUGACUCUGUGAGGGGACAUGCCCUAAAAAUCAUCCAACGUGAGGGCUUCCCAAGCGUGAGUGAGAAACACCCCAUCUUAAAAGGCAGCUCUCAGGCCUUUCUGCUUUCCCUGGCUUACGAAUUAUUCAAAUCCGGAGUCGAUGUAUCUCAGCUGCUUCCUCCUCCCUCCUUACUACCUCCCACAGAAUCUCCAGUGGUUAUUAAAAUCAGCCCAGACAACCGCAGUUCCUGGGUGAGCACCGGACUCUACUUGCCUGAAGGUCAGGUGGCCCAAAUCACACUUCCCAGGGAAGCCAUUAACGCCAAGCUGAAGGUCCUCAUUGGUUGCCACACGGACAACAUAAGUAAAGCAAAGACUUACCACCGCCCUCCUGUGAUGACGUACCAAUACCACUUAAAUUCAUCCCAGAAGUCCAUCUCCUGGCUCUAUGGGGGGCUUCUCUACAUCAUCGUUCCCCACAAUUACAACCAUCAAGGUGUGUCUGUCACCAUCAGUGGGGCUGUGUCUGCUCCAUACUUCAGGAUGGGUAUGACGACCCAGAAGGAAUGGGAGAAUGUUACCAAAUACAGCGAAGCCCCCUGGGGAGAACUAGCCACAGACAAUAUUAUCCUGACCAUCCCAACUGACCAUCUCAAGUUCCUUCAGGAUCCACGCCCACUGCUCCAACUCUGGGAAGAGAUUGUACAGGCUGUAGCUAGGCUGGCAGCCACGCCCUUCCCUUUUCAAAGGCCUGAGAGGGUUGUACUUGACAAGCAGAUUUCAUUUGGUUAUCUUCAUUCUGGAUACCCCAUCAUGGGCCACAUAAGUAUAGCAGAAGGCAUCACUGAUGACAUGGUAAUGAGGUCACACGGCAUUUGGGGCGUGACACACGAGCUGGGCCACAACCAACAGAAGGGUAGAUGGAAUUUCCCGCCUCACACCACUGAAGCUUUGUGUAAUCUCUGGUCUGUUUAUGUGCAUGAGGCUAUUCUAAACAUUCACAGGGAUCGGGUCCACCCUUCUCUGAAACCUGAACUUCGGAAGCAGAGGAUCAGAAACCACCUGAGCAAGGGAGCUCCCCUGAGUAACUGGGUUGUAUGGACAGCUCUAGAGACCUAUCUCCAGCUACAGGAGGGCUUCGGGUGGGAACCAUUCAUGCACAUCUUUGCUGACUACCAAGCCCUCUCUAACUUCCCCAAAGACAACGAGAGCAAGAUGAAUGUGUGGGUGAGGAAGUUCUCUGAGAUCGUGCAGAAGAACCUGGCCCCUUUCUUUGAAGCCUGGGGCUGGCCUGUCCAUAGCGACGUGGCUGAAAGCCUGGCCUCUUUGCCAGAGUGGCAGGAAAACCCCAUGAAAAUGUAUACAUCUGAGGGUACAGAGUGA